UAUCUAAUUCACCAUUAUUUGUAACAAGCACUGCAGAAAAUAAAACUGCCUUCCGAUUCAUUCCAUUCCAUUGUGUGGUAGAAUUAUUAGCACGAGUACUUGGUAUCAACAAGUACUCGGAUCCAAUUAGCUGUAUCGUAUCAGUUUGAAAAAGUAUUGUUGCAUCCCUACAACAUGAAUGUAUUUUUGUUUUAUGGCAAACAUUUGAUUGGUGUGUUAUGUGUGUUCUCUACAAUGCCAGGAGAGUUGCAGGCUUCAUUGACUCUGGAUUCUGGGUGGAGAAAACAGGAAGAGACCUUGAGUUCUUUCCCCAGCAGUUCAUGGGAAAUUGCUGCGGCAUCUUUAUGCUGAUGUAUGCUCUCUGCAUCUGCACCUCAUCUCCACCAUCUUUCACAGAGGAGGAAAUGCCAGCAAUUCGCCUGUGGUGGUGUAUUCAGCUGCUGGAGAGAUUCGGCAUUGAGGGGCAUGGACAAAGAUUUGCCUUCUGGACAGAAGAAGCAUCCCUUCUCCUCCAGGGGACUCUCCAGCCUGUCUUCAGGGUACCAAAGGCAACUUCCUCCAAGCCUUCACCAAGUCUAAUCAGACCGGCUGAGGCUGACAGGUGUCUUAUACUGGAGUUACCAGAACGUGUCCUAAUGGACAUAUUGGAAGAGGUUGUUCUUCACGAAGGAGAUACAGCGAUCUUCAAACUGGCUCUGGUGUGCUCCAUGUUCAGAGACCUUGUGUCUACUGAAUAUUUCAGAAGACGAGCACACUUCAAGUGGCUUCACAGUGAGGACUUCAGUGUUUGCACAUGGAGCAGGUUCUCAGAAAAGUACAGAGAACAGUACUUUAAUAUGUAUUCUAUUGAGAUCUGCCUUCAAUGUGGAGACCAGUACAAACACUGCCCCGGAGGAUACGUUGGCAGAGGAAAAAGAGGAGAACUAAGGGCACUUUACUCGGAGGAGAUGCUCCCAGGCUACUGCAGCCACUUUUGCAGCCAAAUGAACAGUUAAUGUGUCUGCUCUGUCGCCGCCCCCG